GUGGGAUGAGAGGACACAGAAUGAUUCUUCCCUCACAGUUCUGUCUUGCAUCAUAAGUGAUUGGAAUUUAACAUCUGAGAACCUGGUUACUGAUAAUUAAUCGUGAGAGACAGACCAAGAACACAAGAGUCAUUGAACUUUUUGUGGACAUUAUGAACAGUGGGCUGUUUCUGUUUGUGAUCCUGGUUGGCCUUCUCUUCCCAUCCUUGCUCAGAUCUGGAGAAUCUCAAGCAAUAGCAGAUGAAUCGUGUUCUGUACAGAUCCUAGUCCCAGGUCUGAAAGGUGAGACUGGGAAACAGGGAGACAAAGGACUUCCCGGAAGACCAGGGAGAGUUGGCCCAGCUGGAGGGAAAGGAUCUAUUGGAGAAGAGGGCCAAAAGGGUGCAAUGGGUCGCCAUGGCAAAAUAGGCCCGGUUGGUUUAAAAGGAGCCAAGGGGGACACUGGGGAUCCGGGACCGAAAGGCACAGACGGAGAACCAGGCUCUCCCUGUGAGUGUGGCCAAUUGAGAAAGGUUAUUGGAGAGAUGGACAUUCUUGUGACGCAGUUAACAAAUGAACUCAAUUUCAUCAAAAAUGCACUGCCCUCCCCCGCAGCUGUUGCCGGAGUACGAGAGGUGGGAAAUAAACUGUACCUGUUGGUGAAGGAGGAGAAGAGGUACAUGGACGCUCAGGCCUACUGUCGAGAUCGUGGAGGGCUUCUCAGCAUGCCAAAAGAUGAGAUAAUCAACAGCCUUAUUGCUUCCUAUAUCAAUCAAGAGGGGCUGACCAGAGUGUUCAUUGGCAUUGAUGACCUAGACAAGGAAGGCCAAUUCUUCUUCACAGAUGGAUCACCUUUGCUGACUUUCAACAAGUGGCGGAACAGUGAGCCCAACAAUGCCUAUGAUGAGGAGGAUUGUGCAGAAAUGGUAUCUUCUGGUGGGUGGAAUGACGUAGCCUGUCACAUAACCAUGUACUUUGUUUGUGAAUUUGACAAAGACGUGCCUUGACUUGGUCAGAGUCUGGAGUUGCCCUAGUGACAUGCUGGAGGGAGGGGAGGGGGGGAAUUUUGAAAAUUUGCACCUCAGGAAAGCGGCAAUUUUACUGUGCUACACUGUUACUGGCACUGGGCAAUGUCAUGUAAAGAACAUGGCAGGAAACUCCAUGUGUGGCACACCAACUCACUAGUCCAAGGUGGUCGCAGAUCAGAGAUGUGGUCUUGUGAAUCGGAGUGAUGUAGAUGGGGUUUCCUGCAUGUGAUGGUUUAUGUACUGGGAGCUUGGCCCCAAUAACACUGUGGCUUUCCUCGGGAGCACUGUUUCAAUCCCAUUAUUCCACACCCAUGAUGGAUACGUUGGCAUUAAUCUGAAACAAUAGCUGACCUCAUUUGGGUCUUACUCGGAAUGAGUACCUAGAGAUUUUUGUCAAACAUCUGCUCAUGUUCCGGACACACAACACAGAAGGGAUAUCCCAGUUCCCUUACAGAAGAACUGUUUUAUGUUCUUUGUCUUUCCCCAAAGCAUUUCUCAAAUAUUUAUUUUCGGCUCCCAUCUCCUUAUACCAUCUUUCAGUUGUCUCCUUGUUACCUGCUGAGUGCUUGGACUGCAGAUUUCAGUUUGACUAUCAUCUAUUGGAUCGAAUUCAAGAUCCUCGUUCUCCUCUUUGAAUCCCUCCACAAAUUCGGCCCACCCUACCUCUGUGAUGUCCUACAGCCUUAUGACCCCAGCCUCUUCCUUCGUUCAGUGAACACUGUUACCUUCAUGUCCCCCACUUAAUCCAC